AUGCUGUCGUGGCUGGCACAAUUCUUCCCCUCGACACCCCCACCACAGGCCGAAACCACGCUCGACCUCGAUUGGAAUCCGGAGAUCUUGGAAGGUAUAGUAGCGGCAUGCGACCUUCCUGCCCUGCUGCUGCUCCGCAGCGUCUCCAAGGACUUGAAGGCAGUCGUGGAUGCGAGGCUGUUCACCCACGUCGUCCGCUUUGGUCGCGAGCUGCACAUUGGACCCGACAUGGGGAGCAUUUCGUGGGACAAGGGCCGGCCAUGGAUCGAGCGGCAGGCACACAUGGUGCGCGUCGUCGACGACUGCGCUGGCGUCGCGUACACUGAUUUCGACCGCGCUCGCACCCUGCGCGUGUUCAGGCAAGGCGAGCGGCACGUCCUGUACCGCAACCUGCGGACGAUCGUCUACCAUCGUCCACUGGUCGAGAGCGCUGGGGGCGUUUGGGCCGACAUUCCAAUCAGCAUUGGGGACGAGGCGCAUUACCUCCCCAAGCUCUCAAAGGUUGUCGUCAACUUUAUCGUACCCUACCGCUGCACUCCGUACGGCCAUGUCCACCUGCCGCGGCACUUGAAGGGCCCCAUGGUCAAGUUUGUCAUCUUCAUCAUUCCCUCGGCGUCCGUUCCAGACUCGACGGGUCACCUUCCACAGUAUCGAGCUCGCACCUUGCUCUUUUCCUUGGGUUACGAGGUCGGCUGCGUCCUCGCCACACACAUUGCGUUCAAGGUUGCAUUAGUCGGCACCGAGCUCUGGCACCGUACAGGCAUCGCCCCCAAGCCUGCACUCAAGGUCGUUGACGAUGUGGACGGUGUCGAGGACGACGGACUGGGGCAGCUUCGAAACGGGAUCAGGCACGCGUUCAAAGUCAUGACCGGCCACUCCCACGCCAAGAUUGAAAGAAGGUGGCCGCGUGGGGUUCGGUUCUUCACUGUCGACGAGUACUGUGCAAAAGUUGGCGACAAGCAGUUUAGGCUGGAGUGGAACCCUCAGCGUUCGUGA